CUAGCUCAGUGGCGUGCGGAUACUCCGGCUGUCUGUCCACCUAGCUCUCCAUCUAGACACAGAGCUGACGGAGCUUACGGCAGCAGGAAGAGAGAGCGCAGAGCGUUUGUGUCUGCGUGGUCGUACACGGCUGUCACGCAUGACGCCUCCGUGUUGUUAUGGAACAUGAUGUGUGUACCAUGGAGGAGCCUUCCUCUAGCCUGGCGUACCGUCUUGAGCGGCCUGUUUUCAGCGAGGACUACAUCAGCUCCAGGCUUCUGCAUAAGAAGGAGAGGACACCCCAGACCGCCAGACAGAGGGUAGCCCAACACUUGCGCUGUUCCUCUGAAAAGGCCAAGUCUGUGCUCGUCGGUCUGCUGCCCAUCCUGUCAUGGCUGCCGUCUUAUCCCGUCAGGAAGUACUUGUUUGGGGACGUUGUGUCUGGGCUCAGUACAGGUGUCAUGCAGCUCCCUCAAGGUCUUGCCUAUGCUAUGCUGGCAGCUGUUCCCCCAGUCAAUGGCCUGUAUUCCUCUUUCUACCCUGUUGUUCUCUACACUCUAUUCGGUACCUCUAGGCAUAUAUCAGUGGGUACAUUUGCGGUGAUCAGUCUGAUGAUCGGGGGCGUGGUGGUGAGAGAGGUCCCCGACUCCAUGUUUCCUCUGAACGGCACCAACGGGACUGGAGGGGUGGACGUGGACGCCCGGGACGUCAGGAGGGUGCAGGUGGCUGUGGUCCUCACUACACUAGUGGGGCUCAUUCAGCUGGUACUGGGCAUCCUGCGCUUUGGCUUCGUGGCCAUUUACCUGAGCGAGCCCCUGGUGCGGGGCUUCACUACCGCCGCCUCUGUGCACGUCUUCGCCUCACAGCUCAAGUACCUGUUCGGGAUUAAAACCGGGCGAUUCAGCGGGCCGCUGUCCGUCGUCCGUGGUGUCGUAGCAGUCUUCACAAACAUCACCAGCACAAACAUCACCACUCUCAUCGUGGGAUUGGUGUGCAUCGUUUUUCUCUACGCUGUGAAAGUAUUCAACGAACGUUUUAAAAAAAAACUACCCAUCCCCAUCCCUGGAGAGAUCAUAGUGGUGAUCAUCUCGACUGGGGUCUCAUAUGGGGUCUCUCUUUUUGAGAAAUACAAUGUUGACAUUGUGGGCAAAAUUCCUACAGGAUUGCUUCCACCCAGCUGCCCAGAUUUUUCUGUCCUGCCUCACCUGGUCACGGACGCCGUGGCUAUCGCAGUCGUCAGCUUCUCAAUGGGAAUUUCCUUAGCCAAAAUCUUUGCUCUCAAGUAUGGUUACAGUGUGGACGGAAACCAGGAGCUGAUUGCACUGGGCUUGUGUAACUUCCUUAGUUCCUUUUUCCACACGUUCGCCAUCACCUCUUCAAUGUCUCGCAGUUUGGUCCAAGAGAGUACAGGGGGGAAGACACAGGUUGCUGGGUUCUUGGCCUCCCUGCUUGUCCUGCUGGUGAUCGUGGCCAUCGGAUUCCUCUUCCAGCCCCUGCCGCAGACUGUGCUUGCUGCUGUUAUCAUGGUGAACCUUCUGGGCAUGUUCAAACAAGUGAAGGACAUUCCUGCCUUGUGGAAGACCAGCAAAAUCGAACUGGUGGUGUGGCUGGCCUCCUUCAUGGCUUCUGUUCUGCUGGGUCUGGACUAUGGGCUGCUUGUGGCUAUAGGCUUCUCCAUCCUUACCGUCAUCUACAGAACGCAGAGACCCAAAAGUGUUGUUCUUGGACACGUCUCAGACACUGGGUUGUACUGUGACAUCGAGGAGUAUGAAGAGGCCACUGAAUGUUCAGGGAUUAAGAUUUUCCAGUUAAAUUCCUCCAUCUACUUUGCAAACAGUGACCUGUACGUGAGCGCUCUCAAAGAGAAGACGGGGGUGGAUCCUACACGACUGCUGGCAGAGAGAAAGUUGCAGCAGAAGCGCAGGAGAAGGCAGAGAGAAGGCAAGCCAAGCAAGGAGCAGAGCCAUGCGGAGAAACGCGCCGCUGUUAUCAGACUGGAUGCGGAACAGGGCGUGGCUCACGACCUGCUGCCGACCCAGAAACAGGAAGGCAUGCAGAAGAACGGGAAGCUGGCGGAGAGCCAGGAUGAGGAGGAAGAGCUCUGUGUCCAGCCGCUCUGCUCCGUCCACUCCAUCAUACUGGACCUCACCCCUGUGAACUUCAUGGACUCGGUGGGAGCCAAGGCUGUUAAGGCGAUUAUUAAGGAGUAUGCGACCAUAAACGUGAAAAUCGUCCUUGCUGGCUGUAGCAGAACUCUGCUUUCUGAGCUCAGCACGAUGCAGUUCUUCAGUGAUGCCGUGACCCCUGGUCUCAUUUUUCCCACAAUUCAUGAUGCUGUACUACACUGCCAGCAGAGGGAGGCCUCUGUCAUCUGCCCCGCCGACCAAUGAGUGUGGGAAAUGCACUCGGACAGACAGUUAGGUUUUGGAGGUACAAUACGGCAAGCCGGGAGACAUGGCUCGUCCUUCUGAGAAAUAUUACUAGGAGAGUUUGUAGUGUAAAUCUCAAAUUACUGUUUUGCCUGUGGGCUGUUGUAAUAAUAAUCAGUAUUCUUGUCUCAUACAUGUACUGCACUUCUUUGUUGAUUUACAAAGAUGUUAUAAGGCUAUAAAAAGAGCAGACCACAGGAAACCUGAUGAAUUACAUUAAGAAGCCAAAAUAAGGGUGACUAAUUUUCUCACGCCUGUCAUACACCUGGUGGUUUGUGAAAUAUUUUUUCUAAUUUAGCUGCCGCAGUUGGAUGUUAACUGCCCAAGGCAGGAAACUGAAUGUCGGCCACCAAGUGUCUGGUGAACCACAAACCAUUAUUUUGUAAACCGCAUAUCAGUAGGGUCAGAUACAUUUGUGCUUCUCUGAAUUACAUUUGGCUGCAUUGUUUUGGAAUACAGUACAGAAACUAUUUCACCAUAUUUGAUAUGUUCCGAGCCUUUUGGAAUCUUCUGUCUCUGGGCGAUGGGAGCAAGAACCGUAGCGCUUACAGCAGUGAGUCCAUCAAAUAUUCCUCCGUCUCACCGCGUGUCUGACACACGAGGGCGAAACAUAGCAGGGUACCUGUUACGCCCUUUAAACCUGGUCUGUCUCCUCCAGGCGUGCUGCUUUGAGCAGGUUGCAACAUGAUGGGCAUCUUCAUGUGGCAUUCAGUCAUGUUCUCGCCAUCUCCUUUGCAUUCCUUAAGUGUUUUCCUACUGGGUACAAUCUUAGUCUCCAACCAAAAUAACAUACAACUAGCCUUUAGUGUGAACAUGUACCAUGAAACUUUCUUGACUUCCUGAAGUGCAAUUAUUUGGAGUAGUGUCUCACUGUAGAAAGUGGAUCAGGUAUUUAGUAACAUUGCUUAUUUUCAAACGUCUUUGAUAUGAGAAUUGCCAAGAUAAAUGUCAUUAGAUUUUUAGCUUUGUUUUCUGCAACCUUUUUUUCAGCAAGGUGAAGUGUCCAUCAUGAAAACACUGUUACGAUGUUCUAAUUUAUUUAAAUGCUGGUAAUGAAGUUUAACUUUGAAUUGAAGGUACUUGAGUUUAUGGAUAAGGUGGAUUUACCUGGUGAAUGGAUUACAGUCUCAAGAGCAUCUUGUGAAAACCCUCAUAACACAGUUUUGACUGUGGUACUGUAAUUUUACUAUUUAAAUAGCCAAAAAAAGUUUCUUGAAACAUGUUUUACAUUGUGUGAUUUAGGUCACAGUUGUUUAAAUGUUUUCCCCCAUCCUGAACCCUCCACCUUGUUCACACUUGACAGUUAUUUCUCCUGUUUUAUGCUGUUGAGAGUGGGGGGAGGAUGUUUUGGUUUUUAAACUUCAUUCUGAAAUGUUGAAUCAAAGUUGCUGAUAAUAUCGAGUAGUUUCUAUUUUUAUACAUUGCUCAUGAAUGUGUGUUAAUGGUAUAAUCAUAGUUAGCUCUUAAUUGUGUGUUUAUAGACGAGAGGUGUGACUCACCACCCUCUCUUCCUCCUCUGAAGAAAGUUGGGGUGAAAAAUGUAAGACCGAAACCAAAAUGAUGUGGAAACAUUAAAACAUGUUAACAGGAGAUUUUUUUUAAAGCUGUUAUCACUUAAGAACCUCAUACUGAUAUUUUAAUAGUUUCUCUUGCCUAGAAAUGAAGACCAAAGCCCUAAAUACAGUGGCAGUUUACCUUAUGUAAUAAUUUAUAGAUGAGUUAUUUUGUGUAAUAAAAUUAAACAUUCAAAUUAGAAAAACAAUUCUACUUGUUUGUCUAUUUCACUGAGAACUGAUGGCUGGGAGAGUGCUAAAUCAUGGCAUUUUUUAAAGGUAAUAACUAUGGAACUACCACUGUAGUAAGACUGUCAGAUAAGGGUUGUAAUAAUUACCGAUCAUAUUACACUGACAUGUAUAUGGCUUAUGUCUUAUUUCCAAACCUUACACUGUGCAAUUUAUAUAUAUAUAUUGUAUGUAUGUCAUAAAAACCUUGCCUUUUAAACAGUUUCUCAAAAACAGGGUUGAUGAUCGUAGCACAGCCAUUUGUGGCCUUUUGUAAUGUAUGUUUGACAUAAUAAUAAAAUACAGAACUUUA